AUGCAGGAAGCAGAUAAGGAAGAUUCCAAGAGUCUAUGGAAGUCAUUGUGCAUUGAGGAGGGUGGAAUUGGAAACAAAGUAUGCAGCAAGAAUAACGAAAGUCAUGCUCAUCAUGAAGAUGGUGAUUGUAUAAAUAUGAGUUCCAAGAGCCAUGAAGAACAUAUAUGUGCCUCAAGCCAUAUUGGAGAUGAUUCAGAAUCCGUAAGCACAAAAAGCAUAGGCCAAGAUGAGGAUCGUCAUGAUAAGAGCUGUUUGAAUGAUAUAAAGAAUACUGAUCAUUUUGAAGUCGUAAACAGUCGCUGGGCUCGAGAAUUCGGCCGUGGACUUGCUAAGCAUCAUUACAGACUCUCAAUCGAUGCUAUGCAUGAAAGGAGCUGCAGUACAGGACAGUGCAUUUGCUCUGAUAAAGGCAAUCUUCUUAAAGAGUUUUUUCUUGCAUUGGACAAAUUUGUUUACAUCGCUAAUCAGUGCCUUAAGAGCACAUACAUUCAGGAUAAGGACGAGGAUUUCAACUUUGCGCUUUCAUGGAUAAGAGAUGCGUUCCAAUUACUAGGCAUUGAUGGCGCUAAGCACUAUGCAAGCAACUACUCAGGUCCAUAUAAUGGAUGGGCCGUAGACAUAGAGUUUUUGAUGAACAGGUACUUCUUCAGUCCUGAGUUCAAUCACCAUGUGAAUGGGGUUGGGAUUAAGGAGCCGAUGCAUGAAGGAUGUAAAUUUGUAGAGAGUCAAAGCAGCAAUUUUUGUCUUUCUUAUGUGCCGUAUCCUGGAUACUAUAAUGCUGAUGACGACAACAAGCAAUUCUGUUCCAAUUGCAAGCUGAUGCUGCCGUUGCAUCUAAGCUCAUCAAGAAAUACAAAGAAUGACGGUACAAAUGAAUGCAGCAGAAACAAUCAGAAUAAUAGAUGUUUUUUGAAUGAAUAUAGCAAAGGUUUUGAUACAAGAAGUGAUUGA